AUGCUCACCCCUAUAUCGAACCCUUUAACUAAGCAAUCUUAUAGGCUCCCCGAACCUCCGUCUUUUUUCUUGGAUAAGCGGCCUUCAAUUGAUUUCAGUGGCAUUAUACGUAGCGUUGACGAUCCUGCCCAUUAUAAAGUGGUGCUUGUAAAGGACUCUCCGCCCCUAGUUAGGCGUGGAGGUAGCAUUGUAAGAAGUAGUGAAUUUCUCAAGUUUUAUGUCUUCUCUUCCGAUACUAGCAGUUGGUGUAACUUUCUUGUGCCUGCUCCACCAAACUUCCUUACGGAGACCAUUUUAGAUGCAGCAAUUGGUCUAUACCCCACCGCGUUGGAUGGUGCGCUUUAUUGGUGCAUCAACAUGAUCAUGGUAUAUAAUCUCUUCGAUAAUGUCGAUUCCCAACACUGCGACUUUAUCCAUCUUCCUCAAGAAGCUAAAAAUUCAGCAGAUGAUCUCCGUAAUCUCCAUAGUUUAUGCAUAGCAAAUAUUGAACAACGCCUGUGGCUUUAUCAUUGGAGCUUUGUGACCGCCUUUACUCAAACACUCACCGUCUGGGAUUUGAAGGACGACCGUACUUGGAAUAUAAAGCACUUUGUGGAUCUUACGAGUAUUAAUUGGCGCUGUAAACACUCACCGUCAGAUGUGAACGUGUCUAUCAAAGGUUUCGAUCCUUAUGAUGGAGACGUGCUAUACGUUUUUUCUAAGGAUGACCGUCUACUCUCCGUGAACCUGAGAAGCAAGACUGUGCAACUAGUCUUCCACUUCAAGUCCACUGUAUUUCCAGUGAUGCCACACUUCAGAUUGUUUCCUUAUUUUCCACCUUUCUGGCCAACCCCUAUCAUCAAGAGUAUUGUUGCUACUGCAGCGCUGUGA